GCAAACACGAAAAUUCGACUUACCAAACACGCCUAUCAUACAAACACAAAAAGUUAAUGAUCAAAUUUGCUCAGUUUUUUAUCCUUCACUUCUACAAGUAAAUCAGCUGAUCUCUUCUAAAUGGAUCAUUACAGUAGAAAUUAGGGCACGAUUCUACACCCCCAAAUUCCUUCUCAGCUCCUUCCCGUACUCUCCUGAGCUCUUUCUCUAUAAAGUCCAAACCCCGAUCCCUAUGCAAACUAGUUGACGAUUCCCAGUUGACUUUUGACUCGAACGAGUUCAUUUUUUGGAGUCGGGAUGAAGACCUCUCCUCGUCGAGGUAUGGAAGUUUUCGAUUUCAAGGAUGACGAUGAGCCUUCGGAAUCGAUUGCUGGAAAAAUUCUUGGCAAGUUCAAAAACCCUAAUUCCGAUGAACCCGUGAUUGUGAAGUACGACCUUCUCGAAUGUGUUGCCCAGGGGAGCAGCAUGCAAACAAAAGAUGUGAGUAUAUCUUCUGUAGGUGUUGAUGCAGACGACUGUGAUUUUACUUCUGGUAAUGCUAUUUUGGAUGCCUCCGUGAAGGAAAUUGAAGAGAAUACCAAUCCCACUACUGGGUGUACUGAUAAUGCCCAACAAAUGAAAUUCACGACUCUGGAAGAAUGUUCUAAAGUCCAGUUAGACAACCACGAAUCCAGAGAUAUUUUCUCUGAAGCAGAGAAAACAUUCUCAGACCUUAAAUCUUCUUCCACUGAGAAAAAUGAGUUGAACUCUGAUCAUUCAAAUCCUCCAUCCAGCGAUGAACUUGAUGAUGUGACUUCAGAUGCUGAGGAAAGCAUGAGUAGGAGCUCUCACUCAAAUCCUGAAUCUGAAAUGGCAGAGGAUGAUGUUUCAUUGAACAGCUAUGCACUGAAUCACUGCUCUGGUGAUUUGGAAAUGGAUGACAUGAUAAUGACCGUUGUUCUAUUUCCUGAUUAUGUUAUAUAUCGGGAUAGUUAUUGUACUGGGCCCCAGUUGACUUUUUCCAAGAGUAGUAUCAAAAUCAGUUACUCAACUACAUCUAAAUACCAAGAAGAUUUUGACAUUGAAUGGGAUAUUGAUGAUCUCAUCAAUAUCAAAUGUCAGUGGUUUCAAACGACUGAGACUGUCAUGAUAAAACUCCAGUUGAUAUCAAGGGAUACAUUUCAAGAUGAUGUUGCGCAUGGUACUUCAGGUGUUGAUGAAUUGAAGAUUGCAGUUGUUGAACGUAACUGGCCCCAGAAACAGGAAGAGAUAGCAUCUUUAAAUCAGAAAUACUUGGCUGUAUGGGAUCUUGAUCCACGGGAUUGGACUUCAGCAACUGGGCCUUCAAUGUUGCUAAGUAGUGAUAUGGCCCUUGGAACAGAUGGGGAUGAUUCACCUGAACAGAUGCGUUAUUUUCCAGUUUUUAAUGAGUCUUUUGAAGAUGUCAUCUAUCCAAAAGGGGAUUCAGACGCUGUCUCCAUUAGUAAGAGAGACGUUGAUUUAUUACAGCCGGAUACAUUCAUUAAUGAUACAAUCAUCGACUUCUACAUCCAGUAUUUAAAGAGUCAGAUUCAACAUGGGGAAAGACAUAGAUUCCACUUCUUCAAUAGUUUUUUCUUCCGAAAGUUAGCUGACCUGGACAAAGAUCCUUCAAGUGCUUCUGAUGGCAAGGCUGCUUUUCAACGAGUUCGCAAAUGGACAAGGAGAGUUCAAUUAUUUGAAAAGGACUUUGUUUUUAUCCCUGUAAACUUCAGUCUACAUUGGAGUCUCAUAGUCAUAUGCCAUCCUGGUGAAGUGCCUAAAUCUAAGGAUGAAGACUUAGACAAGUCACUUAAAGUACCUUGUAUACUGCAUAUGGAUUCAAUUAAAGGCAAUCACGCUGGUCUCAAAAGUCUUAUGCAGAGUUAUUUGUGGGAAGAGUGGAAAGAGAGGCAAAGAGAAACUUCCGAUGAGGUUUCAUCAAGGUUCCACAAUCUGCGGUUUGUCUCACUAGAGUUGCCACAACAGGAAAAUUCAUUUGAUUGUGGCCUGUUUUUGCUCCACUAUUUAGAGCUUUUUUUAACAGAAGUUCCAGUUAAUUUCAGUCCAUUCAAGAUAACAAAGUCCUCCAACUUUCUUAAUGUCAACUGGUUUCCACCUUCUGAGGCUUCACUGAAGCGUACAUUAAUCCAGAGAUUGAUUUUUGAACUCCUUGAAAACCGUUCUCGAGAUGUUUCUUCAUCAACAUGCAGUGAUGAGGAUCAACCCUCAAAAUUUCCAGAAAUCAGUGAAAAUGAAGGUGUGGAGUUUAUUUCAGCAAGAUGCAGUCCUGGUCUAGGUCGUCAAGAGAACUUAACAAGUUCUCAAGCUGGCCAGGGAAUUGAGAUCACUCUUUUAUCAGCAUCUUCCAUGAGGAAUCCAGAGUGUGUUAAUGAGUCUAGCUUGGUUCUCAGGGAUCUUUUUGACCCUGGAGCCUCUACCGGAUCUUUACUGGGGCAUUGUCAAUCUUUUAAUGAAAAGUCAUCUAUUUAUCAUCUCAAUGGAACUAUAUCACCUAUGGAGGAGGAUGCGGAAACUGGUGAACAAUUUAUGUUUUUGCAUUCUGGAGAUGCCGCCGGACUUGAUCAUAUGACUGGAGUUGCUGCUCAAACUUGUGAUGUUCCUUAUUCGUCGAAAGAUCUUGGAGUAGAGAAUUAUGACAUAGGAAUCUCUUUACAAGCAAAGUGCGAGGAGAUCAACUCAGGGAAUGAGCCACCAGUAGGCGCCUCAGAUGAUUCUUCAGAGACUUGUGAUGUUGCUGAACGUUCUAGCCCAAAAACAGAGGAAGAAAAUGAACUAAAAUCUUUGCCUGUGGAAAACUUGGAAUGCACACCGGAAGGUCUUGUUUCUGCUCCCUGUGAGUUGCUAGCCGCAUCUGCAACUGUUGAAGGUUCUUGCUGCCAUGAUAUCAUGCAGAGUGGCAACGAAAAUGGAGUCCCUAUUUCCUCAUUCCCUGAAUACUCCGGUAUGCCAGUGUCUCAAGACUCAAGUGUGGCAACCAAUGGGAUUGGACCGUGUGACAAUGUGCAGUUGAUCGAGGAUGGCAUGGUGAUUCCAGACUCACCUGGAGAGAAACCUGCAAAGAAGCAGCGGCUUUCACCUCCCACAGAAGGUGAAGGUGAUAUAGCUUCAUUGGCUGAGGAUUCAAAAUUGUAGAAAGUACAAGGCAGGACACCAUUUUUCCCCUUUCAAAUUUAAGAACAGGAGCAGGAACGAUACAUAUUUGUAAAUGACUAGGUAUGUGAGAUUCUGUUAGUAGCUGUUGGGGAUAUACAUAUUAUGGUUUCUACGUGGACUAUGAUAUAAGAAUUAAUUAGAUUAAUAUAUUCUUAAUUUGCGUAA